AUGGUAGAAGAUAUAUGGGAAGAGCUUUCUAAAGCAAAAUACAUGGAGUGGGAACUGCUUUCUGCAAGGCGCUCGUGGGAAUUGAAUAGUUUGAAGGAAACUUGUGAGGCUGCUCUAAAUCAACAACGUGCUUUAGAUAUGUGUCGAACAGAAGAAGAAGAAGAGACAAAAGAGUCCUCUCAAGAAGCCUACAUUGCCCAUACUGAGCGUUUGAAAUCUCUUGAACGUGUGUUUGAGAAGGCUGCGGAAGAAGAUAAACCAUCUGAGGUGCCAGAUUAUUUGUGUUGCAACAUAACUCUUGAGAUAUUCCGAGAUCCUGUAAUAUCUCCAAGUGGGGUUACAUAUGAAAGAGCAGCGAUCCUUGAACAUCUCAUGAAGGUGGGGAAGUUUGAUCCUAUAACGCGUGAAAAACUUGAGCCGUCCAAGCUCGUUCCAAAUCUAGCUAUAAAAGAGGCAGUGGCUGCUUAUCUAGAAAAACACGUCUGGGCUUACAAGAUUGGUUGCUGA